ACGAGGGUUUAUGAAGGGCUUUAAUAAAUGUGGAUGAAAGAACACAACCCUCUUCGUUUUAAGCACCACCAAUGGCGGUUUCGUGUUGUGCAGUGUAGAAUCCCAAUUUGUCACCUAAAUCUUAUCCAACCUAGCUAGGGCAUGAACCAACCUUCAAUUUUCAAAGCCCCAUUCCUUCAUUCAUCCCAUUGACGAAGCCAAUGUUGAAGCUCAUUGCAUCCUCGCGCAUCCACCGGCUGCACCCCACGGUGCUCCGUCCCGCACACGAUUCUGCUUCGCCGUUUCUCAGAGUGCUCAGUUCUCUCGGCGGGUUAAGCCGUAGAAACACUGACGUUGGAGGCAGCAUUCAAAUAUCAAAGCACUUACUAUUGUUGCAACCAACGACCUUGCAUCACUGUUCAUAUAGUGGUAAUUUCUCUCUCGUAUCUUCACACUCUCUGCCCACAGAGACAGAAUCACUACUCAACUUUUGUCACCAACGAGACCUUCCCAGAGCCAUGCAUGUGUUGGAUGCCAUGGAAAGACGCAGAGUUUGGGCCGACGCUAUCGCCUAUUCUGAGCUCAUCAAGUGUUGCCUGGCUCACGGUGCUGUCAAGGAAGGCAAACGUGUUCACCGCCACAUAUUCUCAAAUGGGUACCACCCCAAAACGUUUUUGAUCAACACUCUCAUCAAUAUGUAUGUCAAAUUCAACCUCUUGGAAGAAGCACAUGUGUUGUUCGAUAAAAUGCCUGAACGAAAUGUUGUAUCGUGGACAACUAUGAUAUCCGCUUACUCUAAUGCCAAGCUCAAUGACAGGGCUGUGAGGCUCUUGGUUUUUAUGUUUAGGGAUGGUGUCAUGCCUAACAUGUUUACUUUCUCUUCUGUUUUGAGAGCGUGUGAGAGGUUGUCUGAUCUCAAACAACUGCAUUCUUGUAUAAUGAAAGUGGGGUUGGAGUCUGAUGUAUUUGUUCGGAGUGCGCUCAUUGAUGUUUACUCAAAAUUGGGGGAGCUGCUGGAAGCUUCGAGUGUUUUCUGUGAGAUGGUCACUGGAGAUUCUGUUGUUUGGAACUCCAUUAUUGCUGCGUUUGCUCAACACAGUGAUGGUGAUGAGGCUUUACAUCUUUACAAGAGCAUGAGCAGAGCAGGUUUUCGGUCAGAUCAGUCAACACUUACUAGUAUUUUGAGAGCGUGUACUAGUUUGUCGUUGUUGGAGUUAGGGAGGCAGGUUCAUGUUCUUGUUCUAAAGUUUGACCAAGAUCUUAUCCUCAACAAUGCCCUUUUAGAUAUGUAUUGUAAGUGUGGUAGUUUGGAGGAUGCAAAGCUCAUUUUCAAUCGGAUGACCAAGAAAGAUGUAAUUUCUUGGAGCACCAUGAUUGCUGGGUUGGCCCAAAAUGGUUUCAGUAUGGAAGCACUCAAUUUAUUUGAGUCCAUGAAAGUGAAGGGUCCAAAACCAAACCAUAUUACAUUUAUUGGGAUUCUGUUUGCGUGUAGUCACGCAGGGCUAGUAAGUGAAGGUUGGAUCUAUUUUCGAUCUAUGAAGAACUUGUAUGGGGUAGAUCCUGAAAGAGAACACUAUGGGUGCAUGCUUGAUCUUCUUGGAAGAGCUGGGAUGCUUGAUGACAUGGUUAAGUUAAUUCACGAAAUGAAUUGUGAGCCAGAUGUUGUUACGUGGAGGACUUUGCUUGAUGCAUGCAGGGCACGUCAGAAUGUGGAUUUAGCAACGUAUGCUGCUAAAAAGAUUCUAAAGUUGGAUCCACAUGACACAGGAGCUUAUGUGUUAUUAUCUAAUAUUUAUGCAACUUCAAAAAGGUGGAAUGAGGUUGCAGAAGUUCGGAAGGCUAUGAAAAUAAGGGGCAUAAGGAAAGAACCUGGGUGUAGCUGGAUUGAAGUCAAUAAGCAAAUACAUGCUUUUAUUUUGGGAGAUAAAUCACAUCCUCAAAUAGAUGAGAUCAAUAGACAGUUGAACCUGUUUAUUUGUAGGCUAACUGGUGCUGGUUAUGUACCUGACACAAAUUUUGUACUACAAGAUCUUGAAGGGGAACAAAGAGAAGACUCUCUUAGAUACCACAGUGAGAAACUAGCAAUUGUUUUUGGUAUCAUGAGCUUUCCUAAAGAGAAAACUAUUAGAAUAUGGAAGAACCUAAAGAUUUGUGGAGAUUGUCAUAAGUUUGCAAAACUUAUAGCAAAGUUAGAGCAACGACAUAUUGUAAUUAGAGAUCCUAUUCGAUACCAUCAUUUUAGAGAUGGGGUAUGCUCCUGUGGCGACUAUUGGUAGCAGAUGAGAAGCACAUAAGACGAGAAAAAAUCUAGGACAGCUUUUAAGCUCAAAGCAGCAUACUUCACUCUACAACCAGCUGAUAUGUAUACGAGGAUAAAGUGUGCAGCAGUAGCAUUGCUGUUAGUUAACGUCAGUCUGCUUGAAAAUUGAUCACAAUGCUGAGCAGACGAGGCAAUAAGGAGCAUGUUGAACCGACCACAUUUUACAACAGAUUCUCUAGUUGGGAAUUGCUCAAUCUAUUGAGCAGUAAAAUUUUAGCUUUAGACAAACUAUUUCGAGCAAUAUGAGAACAUUGAUGUUACUCGGGGCGCAAAAGAUUCUUGAUGAAGACCAUUGUGGAUUAACUGAUGUGUAGGAAUGGAUACUGGAAUUCAUAGCUGUAUGGAAAUUAAGGGGAGCUUCACAAGGGAAAAUUAACUGUCUUUCUGGUCCACCUGGAGUGGUCAAUUGCACGUGCCUUGAACCGGAACUUCUUGUGGAAGAUUAGGUUGACGUGGCUGAAAUCAAGGUUGCUAAAGUCUCUGUUUCCCUUUUACAAUUGAAUUACAUAAACGAGUUCAUUAGCAACAUAUGAUGUGAUAUUCUGAAUCCUCAAUAAUGUAUUCUACAGGGUCAUCGUCGAACCUGUAUUUCACAGGAUCUUCUGAAUUCUCUCAAUCAAUCCUUUACUUCUCGAACUAUAAAACCAGCCGUAAUUGUUCUUCACCUAAAAUCGUACCCGACCUCAACGUUAACCGUAUCGAAGUUGCAGAGAUUUGCGAUCUGUUGUUGGGGAGGAUCCUUUUGCACCCCAGAUCUUAGUUUUAUAGAAAAUUUUGAAUUGAGGGAGAUGAAUAAAGUGAAAUACCUGCGAAGCUGAGAGCAACGAUGGCAAGAACAGAGACUCUCGAAAUCCAUGACAGUGACAGAAAACCCUAACUAAGCCUCAAGAUUAUAGAGAAUGUACCGUCUAUAGCAUCCACUUUGAAAUUGAAUGCUUCAAAGAGAGGGAAGAGUCUUGAUGCGUAAACAACCGUGCCUUCUCCGCGGCCUCCGCUGGGCGAUGAUAGUGACCGUUGACCACAAUGUGGACAAAACAAAAUCGAACCAUCUCGAAGUGGUGGGCCGAACCUAUAGACCCAAAACAAAUGCUGGAAGCGUAUUUACUAUUAGAACCCCCAAGUUACUGUACAACACCUCAAAGAAAUUGACAAAAAUAACCCUGCUUUCUGCACUCUCAUAACUUUACACAAGAAAAUUAAGUACACUCAAGUAGAACUAAAAUACCAAUUAUCAAACCAAAUUAAUAUCAUACCUAUUAUCAAACUAAAAUACA